UGGGUGUGGUUGGUAGAGCAAACACUUCGCUUACUGCAAAUUUCGCUUUAAUAAACAUAAUUUAAUUACCGCAUAAAUUCACUACAAAACAAUAGUGCGAAUUUCUAAUUUUUGUAUUGUUUACGUGCAUUUAUUAAAUCUGCAAAUACUCGCAUCAUCCACUGAUUAGCGAAAUAAAGUGAACAAACAAUGGCGAAUGUGGAUUUACAGCGCGAACGGCAAUCGGCAACAAUUUCGUGUGAAGACUUUGCAGAGUGGUGGGCAGGCGGUCGUGAUGCACUGCGUGAGCGCAGAGCUUUGGAGAAGCUCUUUUUAGAAGAUACCGAAUUUGUGGAUCCCCAGCACACGUCGUUGCUGUCACACAAAGAACUUUACGAGUACACAAUCGCUAAAGCUUGCAAAUUCCUGACCAAACUACGCGCUUGGCAUGCGACAAAAGCUCGCUCCAAUGACAAAGCGCAGCAACAGAGCGCCAUAGCGUCGUUGCAUGAUUUUCGCAUGCUGCUGUCCGGUCCACUAGGCACAGCGCUAUUCCAGCAAAGCUUUCCGUUGCGCUUGCAUUUCGCCAUGUUUUUGCCGGCAUUGUUGGGACAGAGUACAGAGGAGCAGCAACGUGAGUGGUUGGAUCGCGCUUGGCGUAUGGAUGGUAUUAUUGGCACAUAUGCGCAGACGGAGCUGGGGCAUGGCACUUUUAUACGCGGUUUAGAGACGCGCGCCGAUUACGAUGUGCAGCGUGAAGAGUUUGUCUUGAACACACCAACACUUACUGCCUAUAAAUGGUGGCCUGGUGGUUUGGGACAAGCCGCCAGUAUGGUGAUCAUCAUGGCGCAGUUGUAUAUAAAAGGGAAACAUUAUGGUUUACAUCCGUUUUUGGUGCGCAUACGCAAUGCUGAGACGCAUUUACCGGAGCCGGGUGUAGAUGUGGGCGAAAUCGGACCGAAGAUGGGUGUGAACGGGGUGAACAAUGGAUUUCUGGGUCUCAAGGAUGUCCGAAUACCGCGUACGCAAAUGUUGAUGAAAAAUGCACAAGUUCGCGCUAAUGGGCGUUUCGUGAAGGGCCCUGAACCAUUGCUUACAUAUGGUACUAUGGUGUUUGUGCGUGUAAUGAUCGUGCGUGAUGUUUCAUUCGGUUUACUGCAGGCGGCCACCAUUGCUACCAGAUAUUCAGCGGUGCGACGUCAGAGCCCCAUUGCCCCUGAUCAACCGGAGCCGCAAAUAUUGGAUUAUACAACACAGCAGGCGAAAUUGUUUCCGCAAAUCGCAAAGGGUAUAUUUUUUCGCAUUGCGGCCGAUGUUAUUUGGAUCAAAUACCAGAGCGUAAUUAAGGAACUGGAUGCUGGAGAGCGCCGUAAUUUGCCUGAGCUACAUGCGUUGUCGUGCAGUUUGAAGGCAGUCUGUUCAUCUGAAGCCGAGGAGGGUGUGGAGAUUCUGCGCAAAUCUUGCGGUGGACACGGCUACUUGAGCUCAUCGAACUUUCCACAAAUUUAUGGGGCCGUCACCGCUGCUUGCACAUAUGAGGGUGAAAACACAGUGCUACUGCUGCAAACUGCGCGUUUCCUCAUCAAACAAUAUGUGGAUGGAUUGAAGCGGAAAGUGUUGCCAUCCAGCGUCACCUAUCUGCGCAAUGCGGCGCGUCCUAAGUGGAGUACAGUUAUCGAGAUGAAAACUUUGGUGCGCCUGCUGGAGUUAGCCGCUACGGAGAAUAUCCGACUUGCUUUCGAGCACCAACGACAACAACGGAAAGUAGAGAAGUCCGAGCAAGCGGCGGCCAAUAAAGCGGGUAUACGCUUGACGCAUGCGGCAACGCUACAUGGACGUGCAUUCUUAGCACGGAUUGCACUCGAGGAAGCACAGAAGUUUUGUAAAGAGAUGAAACCAAUUUUGGCAGAGGUGCUGAUGCAAUUGGCAGAGUUGUUCAUUUUGGAAUUUUGUUUGACGAGUUUAGGUGAUAUUUUGUUGGCAUUUCCGCUUAAUGCGCGCCAAGUAGAUGAAAUGAAGACUCGUUAUGAACGUUUGCUGGCUGAUUUGCGCCCCAAUGCCGUCGCUGUAGUGGAUGGUUUCGAUUUCGACGAUCGCGUGUUGGGGUCCACGCUUGGUUGCUAUGAUGGACGAGUGUACGAGCGUCUAAUGGAAGAGGCGCGUAAGAGUCCAUUGAAUCAGGCAACUGUGAAUGAGACAUUCGAGACGCACUUAAAACCGCUGAUGCAAGGGAAAUUGUAGAAAGGGUUUCGAUUUGCAGUGUUUAGCUCUCCAUUGAACAUUUUUUUUUAAAACUGCGGUUGGACAUCCGGGUAUGGCAUUUUUUCGUCCUGUUCGAGGAUCCUUUUUAAAAGGUUAUGUCCAUAAAUCAAUAGAACGAAAAAUAUUAGGAAGCUACUUGAAAGCUCAAGUCGUUGCCUAUAACAG